AUGGCGGCCGCAAUGGCGACUUCGUGCGCCCUGGGCGUCAUCACGCACCUCGCCGUCAGCCGGCAUAAUGGUGUAGAGUUCGACGCACACCCUUGGAAGCUCCUCGUCUUCACGUACCUCGGAUACCUGGGAUCUUUGCUUUACUAUAACCUCUCCAUCCUCAAACUUGCACUGCUGAGUGCGUUGAGUCAAGUGGCCAUCUCUGCAACGCUUUUCAGCACUGGCUUCUUCACCAGCCUGGUCGUUUACCGCCUCUUCUUCCAUCGACUGCGCAAGUUCCCCGGUCCAAAGCUCGCCGCUGUCUCGCAGUUCUAUGCUAUGAGCUUGGCGGCCAAGGACAUGAAGCUGUGCAUUGAGAUCCAAAAGUUACAUCAGAAAUAUGGCGAUAUCAUCCGCAUCGGUCCUCGCUAUCUUUCCAUCGCUCGGCCCGAGGCCAUUCCUCUUGUUUAUGGUCCGCCGAUGCGCUGCGUGAAGGGUGCCUGGUAUGCGCAAACAGGCGGCGACCCUCAGGUCUGCUCGCUCAACCAGACACGGGACAUGGAACUGCACCGCUCGCGCCGCAGGGCUUGGGAUCGCGCAUUCAGCAUGAAAGCGCUGGAUAGCUACGUCCCCCGGGUGGCUGCCAAGUGCGAGAAACUCGUCGAGCAGCUCCGCUCGAGGAAAGACCAGGCCAUAGACAUCCAGAAAUGGGCGUCUUUCUUUGCUUUCGACGUCAUGGGUGAUGUGGGUCUGGGCAAGCAGUUUGGCACGCUGGACACAGGAAAGGACCAUCCCGCCAUCGCCGCUGUGCAUGAUUCCAUGUACGCUGUUGGAUUGAUGACACCGGUCCCCUGGCUGAUCAGCCUACUCACGGCCAUCCCGGGUGCUGCUUCUGCUAUCCAAGACUUCCAGGCAUACUGUGCUUCUGCCGUUGAUGAGAAGGCGAAGACACUGAACAAGGACACGGAGCCAGGAGACAUCAUGGCAUGGCUGUUCAAAGCGAAAUACGAGAACGAUCGCUCCGCUCCCCCCGGCGUCCAGGCUUUGCAUGAAGAUUCCAGACUCAUCAUCGCGGCGGGAAGCGACACCACCCUCGCCGCCCUCACGACCCUGACUUACUACCUCUGCACGCACCCCGCCGCCCAGCGCAAACUGCAAGCCGCCCUCGACGCCGCCGACGACUCCACCAACUUCGCCGCCGGCGGCGCGAUCCCGUACCUCGACGCCGUCAUCAACGAAACCAUGCGGCUCUGGCCACCCGCGACGGCCGCGAUGCCGCGCCUCACUCCCGCGGAAGGCCUGCACGUGCGCGACGGCGCCGGCAACGAAGUUUUUAUUCCGGGCGGCGUGACGGUGGCGGUGCCGCCGUACACGCUGCACCGCGACGCGCGCAACUACGCCGACCCGGACGCGUUCGUGCCCGAGCGGUGGACGGCCGAGGGCGGCUUCGAGGCGCGCCCUGAGGAGGGCGCGUUCAUGCCCUUCUCGCGUGGGCCCGCCAACUGCGCGGGGAAGAACUUCGCGAAGAUGGAGUUGAGGAUGGUGGUGGCGAGGUUGUAUGGGGAGUUUUGGUUCGAGUUGGCGGAGGAGGAGAAGGAGGGGGCGGAGGACUGGGAGCGGAAGAUGAUGGAUACGGUCAGCUUGACUGUGCCGGGGUUGAAGGUUAGGAUUAGCUCGAGGCGCGGGGAGUAG